CGCCGCCCCGGCCGGGCGCAGUCGCGAUGUCUGUGGCCGGGCUGAAGAAGCAGUUCCACAAAGCCAGCCAGCUAUUCAGUGAAAAAAUAAGUGGUGCGGAAGGAACCAAACUAGAUGAUGAAUUUCUUGACAUGGAAAGGAAAAUAGAUGUUACCAAUAAAGCUGUUGCAGAAAUUCUUUCAAAAGCCACUGAAUAUCUUCAGCCAAAUCCAGCAUACAGAGCUAAGCUGGGAAUGCUGAACACUGUGUCGAAGAUCCGAGGGCAGGUGAAGACCACUGGCUACCCACAGACGGAGGGCUUGCUGGGAGACUGUAUGCUGAAGUACGGGAAGGAGCUCGGGGAAGACUCUGCCUUCGGCAAUGCACUGAUAGAAGUUGGCGAAUCCAUGAAGCUAAUGGCUGAGGUGAAAGACUCUCUGGAUAUUAAUGUAAAGCAAACUUUUAUUGAUCCACUUCAGUUACUACAAGACAAAGAUUUAAGAGAGAUUGGGCACCACCUGAAAAAGCUAGAAGGCCGCCGCCUGGAUUACGAUUAUAAAAAGAAGCGAGUAGGUAAGAUCCCAGACGAAGAAGUCAGACAAGCGGUAGAAAAAUUUGAAGAGUCAAAGGAGUUGGCUGAAAGAAGCAUGUUUAAUUUUUUAGAAAAUGAUGUAGAGCAAGUCAGCCAGUUGGCCGUGUUUAUAGAAGCAGCGUUAGACUAUCACAGACAGUCCACAGAGAUUCUGCAGGAGCUGCAGAACAAGCUACAGAUACGAAUAUCAGCUGCUUCUAACCUCCCUAGGCGCGAGUACAAGCCCAGGCCCAUUAAAAGGAGUUCUAGUGAGCUCAAUGGGGUUUCCACCACCUCUGCAGCAAAAACGACAGGUUCUAACGUUCCCAUGGACCAGCCCUGCUGUCGUGGUCUCUAUGAUUUUGAGCCAGAAAACCAAGGAGAAUUAGGAUUUAAAGAAGGGGACAUCAUUACAUUAACCAAUCAAAUAGAUGAAAACUGGUACGAAGGGAUGAUACGCGGGGAAUCGGGAUUCUUCCCCAUUAAUUAUGUUGAAGUGAUCGUGCCUUUACCUCAGUAAACAUGUAACUCCAACUUCGGACAUACUUUCAUAACCGAAAUGAAUUCACACCCAUGUUCUCUCAGUGUGCUGUUCUGUGACAUCCUUGCUCUCUGACCAACUUAAUGACUUUUGUAUGUGUGUUCUCUUUAUAAUGUAUUUUGUACCUAUAAAUGAUUUUCUUGCCUCACAUGAAAAUAGGGUUUUCUUUUCUGCUGACCGUCCUAAAUGUCAUUGGUUCAGUGUACGUGCUUCAUGUUGCUAAAAAUAUCAAGAAAUUGCAUCCGUCGCAGUUAUGUCCAGGAACUGCCUACACUCCUCAGCUGCAAUGGAAUGCAAUGUUCGAGACUAAGAAUUGCUAAAUAUUUUGUUUAUUGACCUUAUGGAUGGCAUCUGGUCUUUCUUCAUCGUGUUUUAUGCUUCCCUGUGAAUAGCCCAAUAAAUCUGACACACUGUAUUGGCAAAAGGCCUUGGCUAUGUUGAAUGUUGAGUUGAUUUUUAAGGACAGUGUUCCAGCUCCAAGUGCCUGCUGUGCCCAGCAGAUGACCACUGAGUCACAGUGUGGAUGCUUCGAUGGCCGCUCCUGACUGACAUCAGCAGGCCCGAGCAUGGGCCCUCACUGUCCUGUGGACUCAGAUGUGGCACAUCUUCCCUCUGGCAGGUGAACAGAAAACCCUUCCACUUACUUUCAAGCUCAUUCAUGAAGGAGAGAGCCCGGCUCAAGCUUCUGUUGCUGCCAGGUAUCGAAAAGUUUUUCUGAGCAAGUCCUACUCUAGCUGCUGAAGAAGGAGAAAGCCAGGAGUGAGGCCCAGUGCCCAGUAACAGGGUCACUUGGGCUCGGUGAUGAGCCCUUGGCCUUACCCAGGGUAUGCAUGCGUCACGUGCUUUGGCCCACUGGGGUCCACAGUGACCCUGUCACAGGAGGGGCAUGGGCUAAUUCCCCUUUUUCAGAGGAGACUCAUUGACUUGUCCAGGAUCAGACCACCAAGUAGUGGCAGAGGCAGAAUUUGAACUCAGACCAUUUACGGUACUCCACUGCCCAUUUAAGUGUUACCCAGGUUACCUGGAAGUGAUUUACAAUUCGUAAAUCAUAUCCCGAGGUCGGUCAGACUGGUCACCUCCACCAGGAGACCUAAACCCUCCGUCUUCGGAGUCCAUGGUACAUUAGUAAAUUAAUGACAGCAUGCUUUUCCACCAGCUGCCUACACACACACCCUUCUCUAAAACAGUUGUACAUUCAGUGUCUACAAUAAAAUAAAUGAUUAGUGAUUAAUAAA